AAAUUACCGAUUUCCAAUAGAGAAACUGAUUAAGACAUUGAGGAAAACCAUUUGUCCCUACCCAACCAAACAAUAACAGGUUGAGACACCUCUGCUUUUUGAUUAUGUGGCUCCAAACAGAAUUCUCUGUUUAGACGUAAGGGAAUUGCAUCAAGGAUAGUGACAAUGCUAAACAUAGAAUAUGAUUGUCACAGGAUGACGAGUAAUUUUCACUAGUUACCAAAUCAUAUUAAUUACCAAUAAGGACAAAAAAGUGGCAGCUUCCUAAGCAUCUGAACCUAAAUUUUCUGUAAACAAUGGUUUAAUUUAAAGGUACAGAAAUUAUAUAUGAAUGUGAAAGGAAUAGACUUUAGGUCAGCUCGGAAACAAUUGCAAUCUGUCUGUAACAUUCUGCGAUCUGAUCUCUGCAUAACCAAAUUUAUAUUUAACUUUUGCUAGAUCUUGAUCUGGAAUCUUUUGUCAAAUGCAACUAACUAUCUUGUUUAAGUGUCACCAGUCCGGUUUAUGAUCAAGUUUCGAAACGCCUUGUGUCUCCACUGAAAUGAAGAAGCUACUAUUGAGUUUGACUCUGUUUGGUCUCACUCUCCUAAUCCUCCCCGUAAAUGGGAUUAUGGAGUUUGAUGAAAUGGAAUGGUUUACAAGUUUCAAUGGAACAAAGGUGUUUAAGACAGAAAGUGAUGUUUAUUCUGAAGCGAAGUUUCCAAUGGUAGGACUCACUCUUAUUCAAUCUGCUGCUGCUAAAGGAGCAGUGUGUCUAGAUGGAAGUCUUCCUGGAUACCACUUGCAUCGCGGGUUUGGUUCAGGAGCAAAGAAUUGGCUAGUUCAAUUGGAGGGAGGUGGAUGGUGUGAUACCAUUAGAAAUUGUGUAUACCGCAAAACAAGUCGUCGUGGAUCGUCUAAGUAUAUGGAGAAAAAUAUGCCUUUUACAGGAAUCCUAAGUGACAAAGCCGCGGAGAAUCCAGACUUUUAUAACUGGAAUAGAGUAAAAGUUAGGUACUGUGACGGUGGAUCCUUUAGUGGAGACAGCGAAAAUAAGGCUGCAAAACUUCAGUUUAGAGGAAAAAGAAUAUGGUUAGCUGCUAUGGAAGAUUUGAUGGCAAAGGGAAUGUGUCAAGCUAAACAGGCACUGCUCUCUGGAUGUUCUGCUGGAGGUCUUGCCGCGAUUUUGCGCUGUGAUGAUUUUGGGGAUAUGUUUUCUCCUUCCACUAGAGUGAAAUGUUUGAGUGAUGCUGGCUUUUUCCUUGACGCCAUCGAUGUCUCUGGAGGUCGAUCUCUUAGGCGUUUAUAUGCUGGUGUAGUGAAGUUACAGAAUCUGGAAACAAAGCUCUCUAAGGACUGUCUAAACCGUCUUAAUCCAACUUCGUGUUUUUUCCCACAAAACCUAAUCAACCAAAUCAAGACUCCAUUGUUUAUUCUAAAUGCUGCAUACGAUUCGUGGCAGAUCCAAGAGAGUUUAGCUCCCAAAUCUGCAGAUCCAAGUGGAAGUUGGCAUGAUUGCAGACUUGACUACACCAAGUGCAAUGCAACUCAGAUCCAGUUCUUGCAAGGUUUCAGGACUCGUAUGGUAAAUUUAAUCAAAGGUUUCGCGAAGCCGAGUAAGAACGGAGUGUUUCUUAACUCGUGCUUUGCUCAUUGCCAAACAGAGAGGCAUGACACGUGGUAUUCCCAAAACUCUCCUGCGGUUAACAAAAAGGGGAUUGCAGUAGCUGUGGGAGAUUGGUAUUUCGAAAGAGGAGGAGCAAAGCUCAUAGACUGUGCUUAUCCUUGUGACAAAACUUGCCACAAUUUAGUCUUUAGAGGAUAACUUACUCUCUCUUUUUUUUUGGCAUUCAAAUCAUUUUUCCUUCUUUAAAGAGCAUUCCUUAUUUAUGCAAACAAUGAAAGAAAAUAAAUUCAUUUGAUAUAUUUUCCCUAGAAUGCUGUAACUAUCAAUAGUCAUGUGUGUGUGUUU